AUGGCGCCUCGAGGAGAGAAAGGCAAGCCGAAGGCUAAGGUCCAUCAAGACUCAAGCAGGCUCUUGAAGCGCAAGCGCGGUCAAGAGGAAAUCUCAGACCUCGUGAAACGAGUCGAAGAUCUCGACAUCAAAACCUCACUCAAAAACUUCACCGAUCUCCCACUCUCUGAACCGACAGCCUCUGGGCUUUCAGCUUCUCACUACAAGACUCUUACCGAUAUCCAAGCGCGUGCGAUUAGCCAUGGCCUCAAGGGUCGCGACGUCCUCGGCGCAGCCAAGACCGGUAGCGGAAAGACCCUCGCCUUCCUUGUCCCCGUUAUCGAGAACCUCUAUCGCAAAAAAUGGACUGAACUCGACGGUCUCGGCGCACUCAUUCUGUCACCUACACGUGAACUCGCGAUCCAGAUUUUCGAACAAUUAAGGAAGAUUGGAAGGAAUCACCACUUCUCCGCGGGUCUGAUUAUUGGUGGAAAGAGUCUGCGCGAGGAACAAGACCGCAUGGGUCGCAUGAACAUUUUGGUUUGCACACCCGGUCGUAUGUUGCAACAUUUGGAUCAGACUGCCAUGUUCGAGACGAAUAAUUUGCAGAUGCUGGUGUUGGACGAAGCCGAUAGAAUUUUGGACAUGGGCUUCCAGAAGACCGUGGACGCCAUUAUCGACCAUCUUCCUAAACAGCGCCAGACCAUGUUGUUCAGUGCCACACAGACCAAGAAGGUCGGUGAUUUGGCUAGACUGAGUCUACAAGACCCCGAGUACGUCUCGGUUCACGAAGCUGCCGAAUCAGCAACCCCAUCCACCCUCCAACAACACUACACCGUCAUUCCAUUGCCACAAAAGCUCGAUACCCUUUGGAGUUUCAUUCGCGCCAACCUCAAAGCCAAAACCAUUGUUUUCCUGUCAUCGGGCAAGCAAGUCCGCUAUUGCUACGAAGCAUUGCGCCACUUGCAGCCCGGUAUCUCCCUCUUGCAUUUGCACGGACGCCAGAAACAAGGUGGUCGUCUUGAUGUCACGACAAAGUUCUCACAGGCUCAACACGCAGUCCUUUUCGCCACCGAUGUUGUUGCACGUGGUCUCGAUUUCCCCGCAGUCGAUUGGGUUAUCCAAAUGGAUUGCCCCGAGGACGCUGACACUUACAUUCACCGUGUCGGACGAACCGCUCGAUAUGAGCGAGUUGGUCGUGCUGUGCUGUUCCUGGACCCUAGCGAGGAGAAGGGAUUCCUCGGCCAGCUCGAACAGAAGAAGGUUCCCAUUGUGCGAAUCAACAUCAAAGCAAACAAACAGCACAGUGUCAAGAAUCAGUUGCAAAACAUGUGUUUCAAGGACCCAGAGCUGAAGUACCUCGGUCAAAAAGCCUUCAUUUCUUACGUCAAGUCGGUAUACGUCCAAAAGGACAAGGAAACCUUCAAGAUCAAGGAGCUUCCUUUAGAAGAAUAUGCACAGAGUCUGGGUCUUCCUGGUGCUCCCCGCAUCAAGUUCAUUAAGGGUGACGAUGCGAAGGAGCGCAAGAACGAGUCAUGGAGAAUGGCUCACAUGUCCAGUGAUGACGACUCAGACGCAGAGAAGAAGGAUAAGAAGGACGACAAAGAAGUGCGCACACGGUACGACCGCAUGUUCGAGCGUCGUAACCAAGGUGUGCUGGCGGAUCACUACUCCAAGCUUAUCAAUGACGAUGGCACGGCCAUCGACAAUGGAACCAAGAAAACAAGCGAAGAUGUUGACGACGAGGCUGACGAGGAUGCCGACUUCUUGUCCGUCAAGCGCCGCUUUGCCGCGGGCGAUGACAAUCUGGGCAACGCUUCUGAAUCUGGUUCCAACUCCGAUUCUGAUUCCGAUUCCGACUCUGACGCGGAGGAGGAUACCGGCGUCAAAAAAGUACACCUGCCGGGCCAAGACCCCCUCAUCAUCGACUCGAAGCGACGCGAGAAGCUUCUCAAGUCCAAGAAGAAGCUCCUCAAGUUCAAGGGCAAGGGUACCAAGCUAAUCUACGACGACGAGGGCAAUGCACACGAAGUCUACGAAAUGGAGUCCGAAGAUGCCUUCAAGGCGAAGGGCGACGCCGAUACUCAGCGCCAGAAGUUCUUGGAAGGUGAGACGGAGCGCACUCGCCAAGCCGAUAUCGAGGACAAGGAAGUCAUGCGCGAGAAGCGCCGGGAGAAGAAGGAGAAGCGCAAGGCCCGCGAGCGUGCCGAAAUUGCAGCCGAGGCGGAGGAAGAAGGCGAUUUCCAAGGCCUCUCCCAUUUGCCUCAUGUACCAUUCGAGAUCCCUGGUUCCGACUCAGAGCCCGAGUCCGAGCCCCGACCCAGCAAGAAGCAGCGUGUCUCCGACGACAAGGACGAGAAGGCCCCGAAGCCCAAGUCUAUCGAGACACUGGGCGAUCUGGAAGCUCUGGCCAGUGGUUUGCUGGGUUAA